AUACUAUUAGCAACGCUAUAGUAAUGGGAAAAGCAACAUUCCUUUUAACAGUAACAUUGGCAACUGCGCUCCAUGCUGUGCAAGGCCUUAACGACAAUAUUCUUAAGGUAGCGACUGCAGUUGAUCAUAAGGCCAUCGACUGRGUUUUUCCUAAUGAUAAUGGAAACCCACCAUUUGCUGAGAUAUCCAUGGUGGACCUAUCAGACUUACGAGCGCUGACAGCAUGUUUCUGGUUUAACACCACAGCACUCAACAAAUAUCAUGUUCAUCUAGAUUGGGAAGUCGCUUCUAUUAAGAAUAUUCAUGUCGCGUCUUCUUCUGUUGGUGCAACCAACGAGCUCUUGGUUUACAUUAGAGGGGAGGAAAGAAAAUUCAUUGCAUCGAAACCUUUACACGACGGAGUAUGGCACUAUGUAUGUACUUCGUGGGAUGGUCUUAAGGGUGACGUGAACGCUUAUCUGGAUGGUGAGCCUCAAAGCAGUUCUGAAAACUUUCCGUCAAUCGUGACCACACUAUCUUCAUCAGGGAAACUUAUUAUCGGCAAAGAGUCAUCCCUCGAAAGUGGUUUCGCGCGAAACUUUACAGGCCAAAUGAGUCGAAUUAACCUAUGGAAUAACGUUGUGAACAAAAGCGUAUUAGAACGAAUGUCCAAAUCGUGCCAGGAUAGUGAACAAGGCAGUAAGAUACCGUGGUCUAGGCUUAUUAAAGAGGCAAAGUUGUCAAAUGUAUUGGUUCGAAACUCGACCUGUCCCAUUGCUAAAGGUCGCGACUGUUUGGACCUGCUACGCAAAGGUUACAAAAGCGACGGCUUCUAUCUCAUAAGUCCCGAUAACAACGGUUUCUUCAGUGUUAUGUGCGACCAACAAACGAAUGGCGGAGGAUGGGUAGUUUUUCAGAGGCGAAUGGAUGGAUCUGUUAACUUCCAUCGAAACUGGGAUGACUAUAAGGUUGGCUUUGGGAAUCCAAAUGGAGAGUUCUGGCUUGGGAAUAAUCAAAUAACGCGGAUCGUUCCAACUUAUCAUCAACUCCUGAUCGAACUGCAAGAUUCAACCAAUGAUAAGGCCUUUGAUUUUUAUAACGUAAUGAUUGAAGACGAGUCCAAGAAAUAUGAGUUAGUUGUGCAAGGGUAUAGCGAAGGAACCGCAGGGAAGAUGUUGCAUAACCAAAGGAAUAUUUGGUUUUCUACUUAUGAUCGUGAUAAUGACCACAAGGAAGACGUAAACUAUGCAUCUUAUUUCCGAGGAGGGUUUUGGAUUCAAUACCAUUUAUAUAACCUCAAUGCCCGGUAUUCGACAACAGACAAAAACAUAAGAUGGUAUUAUUGGAACUAUUUUCGGACCAUCAUCACAAACACUGAAAUGAAAUUAAGGUCAAUUAGAGGUAAACUACAUUCGAUAAUUUCUUUGGACCAGGCUGCCUUCAGUGGAUCACAAUGGACUCCGUUUUGCUUUGCAAGACAAUCUUACUCUGGUAUGUGGAAGUUCCGUGUCCGAGACAAGGAAAUAGAAAACGGCACAAACUUCGAAACCAAUACGAAAUUUGAAGAUGGAUCCUUGAUCAUAGGCCAGAAGGUGGAUAAUCAAAGCAGCGGUAUUAUUGCAGGAAGCAGUUUUGCUGGAGACGUAACAAGUUUUAGUAUUUGGUCCACAUUCUUAACUGACCAAAUUAUGUCUUCGUACGCUGGGGGAUGUAUGAGAGACUAUGGGGAAAUACCCUGGCCUGAGACAUCCCUGUGGAUAAAUGGUAACAUCAAAAAGUAUKAUGUCUACUUGUGCAAUUCCUUUAAAGUUGACCGCACAUGGAAUCUAGAUCGUAAUGGGACUAAGAUGUUUCAAGAUGUGUCUCGAUUGACGAGCAAUGCCUUUAUGAAGCACACAGAUACCCGCAAUGUGUCUACCGAUCUGAACGUGUUCAGUAGCGACGAGAAAGGCUGUAUCGACUUAACAGGAAACAACUUCAAUUGUCUAUCAAACCCAUCCAACUGCCUUGAAGGAUUUACUCUUUCUUUCUGGCUAAAACAUGGGGAAAACUUCAUCUCUCGUAUCCUCGAGGAAAGAACAGAACAAAAGAAGCAACUACAAGAGAUGUUGUCACCGGUAGUUGAAAGUUGGUCCAAAUGGUCUUUGUGUUACCGCGCUUCCAAACAUGGCUGGGACCCUAGGACCUUUCACUUGAACUGUGACAACAAAAUUAAGACUUUGACUAUUGUCAAAGUUAAGGAUUAUGUAUUUGGAGGUUUCAUUGAUCGCAGUUGGGGAGGUGAGUGA